AUGAGCAAAUCCUCCAAUUUAAAGCAUGGGGAUACUACGGUGCUACUGCAGAACCGAGCGCAGAUGCAGAAGGAUGGUUCCUACUUGGCUGAGUUCCUGCUGGAGAAAGGCUACGAGGUUCAUGGAAUUGUACGGCGAUCCAGUUCAUUUAAUACAGGUCGAAUUGAACAUCUGUAUAAGAAUCCCCAGGCUCAUAUUGAAGGAAACAUGAAGCUGCACUAUGGUGAUCUCACUGACAGUACCUGCCUUGUGAAGAUAAUCAAUGAAGUGAAACCCACGGAGAUCUACAACCUCGGUGCCCAGAGCCAUGUCAAAAUUUCCUUUGACUUAGCCGAGUACACUGCAGAUGUUGAUGGGGUGGGAACUUUGCGGCUUCUGGACGCAGUGAAGACCUGUGGCCUUAUCAACGCUGUGAAAUUCUACCAGGCCUCCACAAGUGAACUUUACGGGAAGGUGCAAGAAAUACCCCAGAAGGAGACCACCCCUUUCUACCCAAGGUCACCCUAUGGGGCAGCAAAACUCUAUGCCUAUUGGAUUGUGGUAAACUUCCGGGAGGCAUAUAACCUUUUUGCAGUGAAUGGCAUUCUUUUCAAUCAUGAGAGUCCCAGAAGAGGAGCUAAUUUCGUUACUCGAAAAAUUAGCCGGUCAGUAGCUAAGAUUUACCUUGGACAGCUGGAAUGUUUCAGUUUGGGAAAUCUGGAUGCCAAACGAGACUGGGGCCAUGCCAAGGACUAUGUGGAGGCUAUGUGGCUGAUGUUGCAGAAUGAUGAGCCGGAGGACUUUGUCAUCGCUACUGGGGAAGUCCACAGCGUCCGUGAGUUUGUGGAGAAGUCAUUCAUGCACAUUGGCAAGACCAUCGUGUGGGAAGGAAAGAAUGAAAAUGAAGUGGGAAGAUGUAAAGAGACCGGCAAAAUUCACGUGAAGGUGGAUCUCAAAUACUACCGACCAACUGAAGUGGACUUUCUGCAGGGAGACUGCUCCAAAGCCCGGCAGAAGCUGAACUGGAAGCCGCGGGUGGCCUUUGACGAGCUGGUGCGGGAGAUGGUGCAGGCCGACGUGGAGCUCAUGAGGACCAACCCCACCGCCUGAGCGCCGUCCCGGGCUGGCUGAGCCGCGCCGCCGAGGUUUUGUAGCAGCCGGGACUGGGCGCGCAGGCUUCGCCUUCACGUUCGCCCCUGUCAGAGGAAGCCUCCUCCGAAUGGUGUUGUGGAAUCAAGAUGUUUCAAUCACAUACUCGCUUUACUUGAAAUUAUGUCACUUGGACAAAUUUGGGGGCCUUCAAAUUGUUCUCUUUUCUUAUUAAAAGUGAUCUUUCUAUGACCAGCA